UCUCUUUUCACUAUCACUCUCUCCUCGCCACCGGAACCCUAGACUGCCUCUCCUCUUCCUCCGACCAUCUUCAAGAUGCGCGAGAUCCUCCACAUCCAGGGCGGACAGUGCGGCAACCAGAUCGGGGCCAAGUUCUGGGAAGUCGUCUGCUCGGAGCAUGGCAUUGAUGCCACCGGCCGCUACGGCGGCGAUAAUCCCUUCCAGCUUGAGCGAGUGAACGUAUACUACAAUGAGGCCAGCUUCGGGCGCUUCGUGCCCCGGGCGGUGCUCAUGGACCUUGAGCCCGGCACCAUGGACAGCGUCCGGUCCGGCCCCUACGGCCAGAUCUUCCGCCCUGAUAACUUCGUCUUCGGGCAGUCCGGGGCCGGCAACAACUGGGCCAAAGGGCAUUACACUGAGGGCGCCGAGCUUAUUGAUUCGGUCCUUGAUGUUGUCAGGAAAGAGGCCGAGAACUGCGAUUGCUUGCAGGGGUUUCAGGUUUGUCAUUCACUUGGAGGUGGGACUGGCUCCGGCAUGGGGACGCUCCUAAUAUCUAAGAUAAGAGAAGAGUAUCCCGAUCGCAUGAUACUAACUUUCUCCGUCUUCCCGUCGCCUAAGGUGUCUGAUACUGUGGUCGAGCCUUAUAAUGCUACUCUUUCUGUCCACCAGCUUGUUGAGAAUGCCGAUGAGUGCAUGGUGUUGGAUAAUGAAGCACUCUAUGACAUUUGUUUCCGAACUCUCAAGCUUACUACUCCAAGUUUUGGUGAUCUGAACCACCUGAUUUCGGCUACCAUGAGUGGCGUCACUUGCUGCCUUCGAUUCCCAGGACAACUCAACUCUGACCUUCGGAAGCUUGCCGUCAACCUCAUCCCCUUCCCUCGUCUCCACUUCUUCAUGGUUGGAUUUGCUCCUCUUACAUCCCGUGGAUCACAGCACUACCGUACUCUUACUGUCCCCGAGCUCACCCAACAAAUGUGGGAUGCCAAGAACAUGAUGUGUGCAGCUGAUCCUCGCCAUGGGCGCUACCUGACAGCAUCAGCGAUGUUCCGUGGCAAAAUGAGCACCAAAGAGGUGGAUGAGCAAAUGCUCAAUGUUCAGAACAAGAAUUCUUCUUACUUUGUUGAGUGGAUUCCAAACAAUGUGAAGUCUACAGUCUGUGAUAUCCCACCAAUUGGAUUAAAGAUGGCUUCCACAUUCAUCGGCAACUCUACUUCAAUUCAAGAGAUGUUCCAUCGUGUCAGCGAACAAUUCACUGCAAUGUUCAGAAGAAAGGCUUUCUUGCAUUGGUACACAGGAGAGGGAAUGGAUGAGAUGGAGUUCACUGAGGCUGAAAGCAACAUGAAUGAUCUUGUUUCUGAGUACCAACAAUACCAGGAUGCAACAACAGAGGAUGUCGAAUAUGAAGAAGAUGAAGGUGAUUAUCAAGAGGAUUGAUAUGCAUUAUCAUUGUCCUUCUCUUCCCGGUAUGAUCUUGUGGUACAAUUCCACUUUGCAUUCAAUGAUAUGUUGCAAUUGUUUCAUUUUCAGCAAUGUUCAGUUGGUUGUUCUGUUUGACAAAUUGUACUUGUGUAUAUUACUUUUAGAUUGAUAUGUUUCUAUCUGUUAUUCUGGAAAGAAAAUAUGAAAGAAAAGCUUUAAUAUAUAUAUGUAAUAUCGUUAGCAAUUAUGGUUGAGAAA